AUUUGGACUGGUCCAGGUAGUUCCUCCCUGUUUUACUCAGAUGAAAACUGUUUUGUGCCUAAUGGACACAACUGUGGUUAAUCAUUCACCUGGGCAUGAUACAGUAUUGUAUAAUUGGCUCAAACAAAAAAAGUAGCUACCUCUAGUCUACCACUCCCAAACAGUACAAGUUUUGUGAGUGUAUGAAUGCAGACCAUGCAUAUUGAGGUGUGGUACUCUGUUCUUGUCAUACUCCUUAUGGGGCAUGGGGGCGGCGGACAAAAGACAGAGCCCCGCUUAGGCCUGAAGGACCACAACCUGUUCCGAGGGUCCGAUCGAUAUGCCUUUGCCAUCGUGGUGCCAGCCUCGGGGCUAGAGUGCUUUUGGCACUUUGCACACCAGAGUGGGAACUUCUACCUAACCUACAUGGUCCAGUGGAUGACAGGACUAGCCAGUGACAACCAUCUUUACGUGACCGUCAUUUCCCCAGAAGGGGCCCUCAUGGCCUCAACAGACGACACCAUUGGAGAAAUAAACUUCCAAACUGAAGUGACCGGUUUUUAUCAGAUGUGCUUGGGGAACUAUAAGAACCACUUUGGUGGCGUCCGAGUCUUUCUCAACUUCGGUGUGUACUAUGAGGGUGCUGAGGAGAUGCAGCGAGAGACAAAAGAAGGAGAAAAAGUCCUCAACAACACUCUGAACAACAUUGAGGAGAGUACCAACAAGAUACAAGGUCACAUUUUACACAUGUGGCGGCACUACAACUACGCUCGCAUGAGGAGAGGUGCUGACCAUUACCUUCUCCUCUUCAACCACAACUAUGUCACCUGGUGGUCUGCGGUACAGAGUGCGGUCAUCAUCAUGGUGGGCUACCUGCAGCUCUUCUUCCUCAAGAGGCUUUUCCACACGGACACCCAUAGACCCCGCUGUUGAUGAAGGAUGGCUCGUAAAAUGUCACUCACUGCUUGUGUUGCUUUGUGGAUCGUGUUUGUUCAACGUUAAAGGGACAGUUCACCCAAAUUACAAGACGUACAUUUUUUUUUUUGCUUACCCGGUAAGCAGGCUCUGGACAAGGAGAGAUGGCAAGCUAUGCGUUGGUUUUGUUGAUCUAGCUUUUCUGUCCCCCAAAAAAUCCCAUGCAAGUCAUUAUCACCCAAGUUAGCAUGUUUUACAUUUCCUGCACAAAUCCCCCCCCAAAAAAUCCAAUGAGCUAUGAUUUCAAACACUAUGGGGUGAUGAAUAGCCAUAAUAUACCUGUGCAAAAGGCCAUGUUCACAACCUCUCCUUUCAAGAUGUCAGCAGGAGCAAUUUAGUAUCCAAGGCGCAUAUAUAAAAAAAUGCACACUUGGAAAGAAAACUACUCAAGGUCAGUUGAAUUUUUAAUUGUGUAGUUUUUCAUAGGUCUUGGAGCCAGUCUUGUCAAGACAGGGACCUCUAAACUGAUUAGAGGUGUUUUAGGAACUCCAUCUUGCACUAUUCUUAUUCCACAUUCUCAAUUGAAUAUGUAGCAAAGUCGAGUUACACUUAAAGUAUCAUGCUUUAAUCUCCUUCUGUAGCUCAGUUGGUAGAGCAUGGCGCUUGUAACGCCAGGGUAGUGGGUUCGAUCCCCGGGACCACCCAUACGUAGAAUGUAUGCACACAUGACUGUAAGUCGCUUUGGAUAAAAGCGUCUGCUAAAUGGCAUAUAUUAUUUAUAUAUUAUUAUUAUAUUAUCUCCAAGUGUAACUUGACUUUGCCUGGGCUACAUAUUCAGAACAGCAAUGUGUGUUUGACUAGACUUAUGAAACUUUUAUAGAAUUGUCGUCAUUUCUCGCAGGACAACAAUUGUUUUCUCCACCCCACACAAGCAACAAAGAUAACAUGUACACUGUAUUUAUAGUCACCGUAACAUGGGCAUUUAAACAAGGUUCCUUACAUUUCAGCCAGUCUACAUCAUGGUUGUAGAGCAAGCAAAUGGCAAGAGUAUAGAAAAAAACAGUCCCUGAGGUAAAUCACGGACUUAAAACCUCUUAAGGAUCGGACCCUUUUUUUUUUCUUUUUAAAUUUCUGCCUAAAAUGACAUACCCAACUCUAUCUGCCUGUAGCUCAGGACCUGAAGCAAGGAUAUUGUUGAUACUAUUUGAAAGGAAACACUUUGAAGUUAGUGGAAAUGUGAAAUGAAUGUUGAAAAAUAACAUUAAACAUAAGAGAAAAAAACAUGUUUUUAAAUGCAAGAGAAAGGCCACAAUCUUAUUGCAGUUUAGGCACAAUUUAGAUUUGCCACUAGAUGGCAGCAGUGUAUGUGCACAUUUUAGACUGAUCCAAUUAACCAUUGCAUAUCUGUUCAAAAUGUUGUAUCAAGUCUGCCCAAAUGUGCCUAAUUAUUGGCAAAAGAUAUGAUCUGAUUGGUCAUAACACUCACGAGCCAAAAGUGGUCCCCAUUUGUGUAGUAGGUCAUCAAAUUGUGUACUUUAAUUUUUUUUCAAAUUUGCUAGGAAUCCAAUUUGUACUAUAUGUUAUGAAUUUGUUGUGCUUAAGAUCCUGGAGUGCAUCUUUAAGCACGUCAUACAUUACACAAUUUUAAAUGUGAUUUUGCAACGAUUUGGGAUCCAUGACAAAUUUCUGGGAUUGCAGGUAAAUCGUAUAGUUGUAGGCUCCAGCCAAGAUGCCCCACCUGUUUUGAGCCACACACUUUUUGCAUUAAAAAAAGUGUAUACAUUGAGGCAAAAAAGUAUUUAGUCAGCCGCCAAUUGUGCAGGUUCUCCCACUUAAAAAGAUGAGAGGCCU